AUGAUGCCGAAACGAGAGAACGUCCAGCUAGCUUAUCUGUAUUUUGUUCCAAAACCACUUAAGGAAGGAAUACCAUCAAGACCGAUUGUAUCCUCAACGUAUAUGCCAACAACUGGCAUUUCCAAGUUUCUUGAUCGACUACUUCGACCGUUGUUUGAUCGACAUGUUCGCUCAACUACAACCAUCGAUGGUGUUGAUCUCAUUCGACGACUUCAAGCAUACACUGCAUGUGGAUAUUUGAAGCUACCGACCUAUUUGUGCACAUUUGACAUCACAGAUUUAUAUACCACGUUACCACAGGAAAAAUCUCUCGAUAUUCUAACUGAAUUUCUUCUAGAACAUGGAUAUAUCAAAGUGAAUACAGUGUCCAUUGACGCCAUUCGGAAAUUAGCUCGUCUCGUUCUCACAGAAAAUAUAUUCACUUAUGAGAAAAGAUUCUAUCGGCAAGUGGUCGGCGGUGCUAUGGGCUCCGCAUUUACUUUGACUUUAGCCAAUGUUUUCAUGUGGAAAUGGGAAAAACGAUUAGCUCAACAGCAGCUUAAUACAAACGAAAUCUAUCGAAGGCGCGUUCAGCAUCUUAGGAAAAGUGCUAUUGUCUCAAUAUCCUUUAUUUAUCUUUUAUAG